AUGAUGUUACCUUAUGGAAGAGAGAGUCCAGUCCAAUGCCGCCGACCUACAGGAGGAGGAAGGGUCUUACGGGCACCACCGUAUUCCUACUGCCCCAGCCCCCAAGGUACUUAGCACGGGUGAUGACUCCUGCACCUGACUGUUCAUCAUACAGCACACUUGAUGAGCCUGACCUCUUAUUCACUCUGCCUUCUUCUUGUCUUCCAUCUCUCUUCUGGAAGUACUGGGGGUUUGCUUGUUUUCUGUACAGUUAGCUCUCAAAUAGAGCUGUGUCUAGUCUACUUAUUGCUAAAACAAAAGGACUCCAGGCAGAAGUCACAGCAGGUGCAAGGACGACAGCAGCUCACCUGUGGGAAGGGAUAAAUAUGGUACUUCCACAACCUUGUGUCCUCCAGAUAUUUGUUAGACUCCAACUCCCAACCACCCCAGUCAACAUGGCCAGUGGUAAUAAGAGUUACAAUCCAACAAAAUCUGGAGGACACUAGGAUAGUCUGUUACUUUGGGUAUUACAUUUUCCUGGGGAGGUAUUGGGGCACUUAAAUAUGGCACUGAAGAUGACCUUUUUUGGGGGAGAUGCUGGCCUAUCAUGGGAUGGUGCAGCAGGAUUUCUUUCUGCUGGAUCCUUUUUGGUUGAUUAGUUCCAAGGAUAGUCUCCAGAGAUGCUACUAGUUUCUCUGUGAACUCAGGAUAUCCUGACCUGGGACACAAGUUAGUAAUCCACAUCUUUCUCCAUAGCUCUACAGAGGAUCCCUGACCCUAGAGCAUAUCUGUUCCCCACAGUCAGUACUGUGAGUCAUCUGGACCAUGAGUACCUUUGCCCAGGUUCUCCUGGGAAGUUGUCUGAAACUAUGGAGAAGUAUGAACUGGACACUCAUUCCUGCAAGCCAUGGAAGAGCCCCCACGCAGGCUUGGAUGAAGGGCAGAAACCAGGUAAGGGAAAUAUGCACAGGGGCCUGCUAAGCAUAAGCAGCUGUACUGGAGCUCCCUCCAUUAUUCAGGCUGUUUAUUUAUUAUUGCAAGUAGGGAACAUGGGGCCCUCCAGAUGUUGUCAAACUGCAACUCUCUAUAUUUGCAAAAAUAAUUUAAAAACCCCCAAAACAUCUCACAUCACCUGUGAUUGUUGGCCAUCUUAUUUAUUUUUUAUAUUUUUAAAACUGAAUUUAGAUACUGCCAUAUACCUGGAGGUCUCAGGGCUGUUCAUCUUGGGUGAGGAUGUUGGGAUUCAGAGUACAACACCAGCUGGAGGGCCAAGGCUUCCCCACCCUUGUUUUAAAUAUGUAUGCUCAAUUUUAAAAACAACCUUUUUUCCAAAGCAGUUUACAAGGAGUAAAACUGAUUAAAUACAAAAUGUAUUCUGUAUAAUGUUACAUCCUGUUAACAUUAAAACCAAAGAAGACAGCAUAAAGGGGGUAGAAAUUAAGAGGAAGCAUGGCAGACCUCCCCAGGCAGUGUAUUCCGCAACUGUGAUGCCACCAUUACUAAGGCCCUGCCAGUAUCUGCAUAUCUCAUAACCUGGGUGAGUUCACAUAGGCAGAGGCGGUCCAAAAGCUAUCCCUGCCCUUUUAUCUACCUGGAGGGCAUGCUCCAGCAGGGCACAUCUGAGAAAUAGUACAAAAGAGGAGAGGUAGCCAAGUUGCCAAAGGGCACUGAGGUGCAAAGUCAGGAUUGCGAAAGUCACAACUUCUCCAUGUACAGUGGUACCUCAGGUUGCAGACACUUCAGGUUACAGACUCUGCUAACCCAGAAAUAGUACUCGGGUUAAGAACUUUGCUUCAGGAUGAGAACAGAAAUCGUGCUCUGGUGGCGCGGCGGCAGCAGGAGGCCCCAUUAGCUAAAGUGGUGCUUCAGGUUAAGAACAGUUUCAGGUUAAGAAUGGACCUCCAGAACGAAAUUAAGUUCUUAACCCGAGGUACCACUGUAUCUUUCCAAGAAGGUAUCAACUAGAUCAGGGGUAGCAAACAUAGUACCCUCCAGAUAUUGUUGGACUCCAGCUCUCAUCAGCCCCGGCCAUCAGAGGUGAUGGGAAAUGAAGUCCAGCAACAUCCAGAGGUCACCAUGUUAACUUCUGAACUAGCUCAAGGGUAGCUAUCAAAUUCCAUCAUGGGGAACCUCUCUAAAUCCAGAAGGUGGUAGUGAAGGUGGGGUGGAGGGGAGAGGUUUGUUUUCCUAGGGAGAAAUUAAGGGCCUCGUCAAACAAUGUUCUGUUAGUCAACGAAUGUAUUCUGAUUUAUUGGGCGGGAUCCAGAUCUCUUCCUUCAAGCUAAUAUUGUUGCAGUGUGAUAUGACGUUAUCCUGAGAUUCAAGCAGAAUUGUUUUGCGUAGGGGGUCCCCCGUCCCCACAGCUACAGUCUCUGUACGCUAGGGUUGCCAUAUCUUGAAGAGCAAAAAAGAGCCGCUGCCAGACCAAGCCAUGGAAAGAGGUGCACAGGGCUGCUGCUGCACCCACACACCUCUUUCUCUGGCUCAGGCUGGCAGCAGCCACAGAUUGCAGAGCAGCCCAAGCCCAAGCCCAAGCUGCUGCCAGCCCAAGCGGAGGCAGGACCCCAGCUCUGAGCUGAUCUUUGCUGCUAUGCCCUCACUCCACUGUGGCACUUUGACUUCCAGGGCGCAGUGCCUUCCCGGGCAUGCACAUGCCCCCCAACCCCCAAAUACCCUCCCAAACCCAGAUAUUUCCUUUAAAAUGUAAAAAUCCGCCCAGAUGGGCAUGUUGCCCCCUCCCCAAAAGAGUACAUGUCCUGGUUUUCCCGGACGUAUGGCAACCCUACUGUAGUCUAAUGGCACUGCUGUAUGUAAAGUGUUUGUAGCUGUUGCACAAAUAACAUUCUGGGUUCUGGGUUCCUGUUGAAUGCUGCCUAUAACAUCAUUGGCAACAACUCUUUCCGCCCAUGCCUCUGCCAUUCCAUAACCUUAAAAGUGCUUUAGAUGCUGCGUCCUCCUCCACAAUGCAAAUCCAGCAUGAGAGUACUUAUGUAGAACACACAUUAUAGACAAUCACCAGCAUGGCUUCCCUACGGCAAUGCCUUGCUAUUUUGUCAUUGAUUGAAUUUUAAUUAUUCCUUUUGCCACAAAUGUUCAAAGGCAUUCUUUUUUGCUGCACGUAUGCAGUGUAAGUGAACCCAUCUUACAAGCACAGAUAAUUGCCCAGCUGCCUUUGCAAAGUCCAUUGUUGCUAAACCCACAAUGUUUAAGAAGUCUGUGAAAAGGGAAUGAGGGCUGUUGCGUGCGUUCAAGUAAGGGUGCUGGCAAAACUGAAUGUCCCUGCUUAAAUGCUUUUGUGCAGGAUUGAGGGGGAAUGAGUUCCAUGUGCUUUGAUCCUGUGAGCUACUGCUGCAGCUCCCUUGCCCUGCUCAAGAUACCAGAAAUUGACCUCAGGGCAAGGGCAGUGACUGCUGCUCCCUAGGCUUCACUAGAAGUUCACAAAAAGUUUGACCUGUUGCAAACAUUUGCUUUCAGGGUGAGCUGCAGGAUGCUUGUGCAUUCACAAAGGGAACUUUGUGAACCCCUCCAGAUAAGCCACAGCCACAUCCUUCCUUGUGUCUCCAUGAUCUUUCACUUAGUCUUCACUGCCUGGCCAGAAUAUAGAAAUAUGGGAAUCUUCCUUAUACCAGAUCAGACUCUUUCUCUGUUUAGCCUAGUAUUCCAGGCAUCUUCAACCUUUCAGAUCCAGGGCCCACUUUUAACCCAAACAAGAAUUUGCGUGGUGCUAGUGCUCCUGUUGUGACCCAUCUUGUACUAGUGGGUCCUGACCUACCACUUGAAUUCCAGUGGACUCUACUGUUACCGGCGAUGGCUUUCAAAGAGUCUCAGGCAGAUGUUUUGCACAGCACCUGCAUCACUUGACGUCACCACCUUGCUGAUGCUAAGCAGAUCUAGGUCUGGUUAGUACCUAGAGAUGUGACUGCCUGGGAGCCACUUUGGGUGCCAUGUACAUCCCCUCAGGUGACAUGAUGGAAGAAAGGUGGAAUAUAAACGUUGGACAUGAAGAAGAAGACAACAAUGAAGAAGACAACGCACCUUGUACAGCAGGGAUGGAUAAGUUGUGUCCUUUCCCAUGUUUGGACUACAACACCCAUCAUCCCUGACCACUGGCCAUGCUGACUGGUGAGAACUGGAGUCCUAUAAUACCUGCAGGGCCAUUGGUCUCUCCAUCCCUGGCCUGCACUACUGCUGUUUUGCAGGAGAUUACUGGUUUGGUUGCUUCCACACUAGCUUUCUCCAGCAUUGCUGUCCAGUCACUCAGUUUUUAUGAAGUAUCCAGAUGGUGAAAUUGUCAGCUCAUUGCAUUCCAGUGUUUCUCACUUGAUUUGUUUUUGCUGCUAUUAUUAUAAUAAUAAUAUAAGCAUCAGCCUGUCUAGAGCUUUUCGGGGAUACCUUUAACUGAGCACUUCCUGUUGAAAGGCUCAGCAUGAAUUAUUAAUUCCAGGCGUACCCGGUAAAGCUUUCAGCAAUGAAUAUCCCUCCCCCCCUUUUUUUUGCUUGCUUAUCUUAAUUGCCCCAAUACUACCCUACAUUCCCGAGUUGGAGGACACGAAAAAGGCUUAAAUUAUUAAUACCUUUUUGAAUUUAAAUUUUCUGUUGUGAAAUAGUGCUAUUUCUCUAAAGAAAUAAUGGAGAAAUCAGUAAUCAAAGCCUCCCUCACUAGUCCCCAAGUACAGAAACUGAUAUUGAGGCAAUUAAGAGAAACUAUUCAAGGGGCAAUAAACAAAGUAUUUGUUGCUAAUCCACACCUCUAGCAAUAAAACGGGCUGACUCUACACAAGCAGCAAACUUUUAAUUAACAGUAGUGGCAAUAUCUGCUGAACGGGAAUUAGCUGUGAAUAAAGAUUAUAAGAAGGUCUCUUGGCCAUAAGAUGCGGCACUGAUGAGUAAUAUUGAGCUGUAAUAAGUGCUUGUGCGUACCUCCCUUUUAAUUUCCCUUGUAGUGAAGUGCAGAAAAGUAAUGCCUCAACAGCACUCAAGAGCCCAAGUGUGGUAGCCACCAUUAUGCUUUGAGUUUCAAACAACAGGCAGAAAAAAAGAAGUCUUGUUUACAUCCUUUUUCAGUAAAUGGGUUGCACCUUGGAUUCUGUGUGUUCAUCCUGAUCACAGGCCCCUGUCCUUAACAGACGAAGCUUCAAGGAGGAGGCCCUCCCAUUUACGUAUCAGCAGAACGGACUCCAGCCAUCACCUCAGUGGUACCAGGGCAAGGUGCAAUGGGAGGGAGGCGUGGCAAGUUGCUAUGGAGACCCUGCCGCGUCUUCCUGUCAGAGAGAGGGUGUCAUGUGACAUGGAAGCAGCACUCCUGCCAUGUCUGCCAGGGGCCUUCCUGAGGAGAGGACGGGGAGGAGACCGCCAAGGAGCCCUCCCUGGUGGCUCCUGACAUGGGAACUAACGUGCAGACCAGCAGCGCAGGAGGAGGGUGCUGUAAACAGGUUCUGUUCUAGAGCUGAGGCCUUGGGCCAGGGGGAGAGCCACAUCCAUGGGCAGACGCAGGAAACCCGUGGCCCUCCAGAGACAGUUGGACUACAGCUCCCCUAUUCCCUGACUAUGGGUCUUGCUGGCUGGGGCUGAUGGGAGGUUCCCAAUAUCAGGAGGGCCUCAGGUUCCCCAGCCCUACCCUUGGGCAAGAGGGCAGUGACCACUUCUGGUGGGCUAGGCAUACUAUGCUACUUGGGCAAAAUUGUAAUCCAUAAUAAUAAUAAUUUUAUUAUUUGUAACCCACCCAUCUGGCUGGGUUGCCCCAGCCACUCUGUACCAGGUUCUGCAGGAUUAGGGUGACCAUAAACCAUAGCCCAAAGAUACAACUGUGUUCACAGGGACUUAAUUUUCUCUGAGGAACAGCCUAAGGCUACCACCCCAAAUAAGCCCCUUCCCCCAGAAGGUUGUGACACCAAGGGACAAGUGACUCACCCAUCCUUGAUUUCUGGCCCCUCUACCAUCAGUUCCAGGACUGCAGGAGCAGAAACAAUGAUAGGCCCAGAGCUGCAGGGCUCAUUUAGAAGCCUAAGGAUUUCAAUUCCCACCUUUGAAGAGCCACAGGUUCCCCAACCCUGUUUCUAGGAACUAACCCAGUUCCCUCCUUUCCCCCCAAGACUUCAGCUUCAAUAAUAAUAAUAAUAAUAAUAAUAAUAAUUUAUUAUUUAUACCCCACCCAUCUGGCUGGGCUUCCCCAGCCACUCUGGGCGGCUUCCAAAAAAAUAUUAAAAUACUGCAGUACAUCAAACAUUAAAAGCUUCUCUAAACAGGGCUGCCUUCAGAUGUCUUCUAAAAGUCUGGUAGUUGUUGUUCUCUUUGACAUCUGGUGGGAGGGCGUUCCACAGGGAGGGCAUGUUAUUAAUCUUGCUGUUGCAGUUUGCCUCGUAGCUCAUUGGCUAUUUAGCAUUUAAUCACUAUAUAAUUAGAAAUGUGGACACAACUUGAUUUUUUGUCUUCUAGUAUCAGGAGAAGUGAGACUGAGCUAUGCUUGUGCAAGAACAAAAAAUAGCACAGAAUAUCUGAGAAGCUCCCCAGAUACAAACAAAGCAGUGGGGGACAUUUUCACAAUCACAUACUGUUCCUCCAUGUACUGUAUGUUAAGUCUUAAGCUUUUUUCCUCAGCCAGUAUGACCAAAUUGCCAACUGCUUAUGUGUGUGAACUUUCAUUUCAGAUUAUAAAAUCUGUGGGUCAUUCGAACCUGCUAGAUAACACAGUGUGCAAUGAGUCAAUACUUUAAUGUUGACUAUUACUUCUUUUAAGACAGUGAUGGGAUUCUGUGGCCUUCUAAAUGCUGUAGGACUCUCAACUCCCAUCAGCCCCAAACAGCAUGGCUAAUAGUCACAGGGAUUAUGGGAGUUGAAGUCAAACAACAUCUGGCUGGCCACAACUUCUCCAUCCCUGUUUCAAGAAAGCAGUCUUAAUUCGGAGCAUGUCCCACUGAAGUCAGUGAGACACUUCUGAGUAAACUGGCAUACAAUAGGGUUGCAUAUUAUAGGAUGCAGCUGAGGAAAUAAAUAAGUUCAACUAGCUACCGUUAUGUCUGUUAUCUUAAUCAAGCUGAUAAGGACUUUCACCAUCACCCUUAACUCUGGCUUAACAAAUAUCCUAACAUUCACCAUUAAACCCAAAAUAAACAGAAGAUGUGAGCAUUUGUAAAAGUCAAAACCAGGGUCAGAAUGCCUGAAGGGUAUUGUGUGCAAAGCCGUAGAUACAACUUCAUCAUGAAUCAGUAAUGAUUCCCUGCUUGUUAGACUUGAUGUGAGACAUCAAGGCUGUGUAACAGUGACAACGACACACAAUCUGUUUCCAGCUGAUAAAUAUUGAGAGAGAACAUUUCCCACAGAGAAGUCUCCCUUGAGAGAAACAGCUGAGGCAUAGGAUUGUGCAAACUAGCUCAAACCUUUGCUGACCCCCCAUCUCUCUCACACUGCCCUUCGGUCAGAGUUAAGGUGGUCACGUUGUGUUAGGAAGCACUUCCUUUGCAUUGUUCUCAGUUGCCCAUGCUGGCUGCGUGGGUGCCUGAAGGAUUGCAGUUCCCACUUCUGUCCAUUUCCCUGCUGCGAAGCACUCAGCAUUUAUAGAAAGAUGAUUGGCAGGUUCCUUACUGUUACUAAGCAACCCACACUGGAGUUGAAAUGAAAUGGGUUUGUUUUUAGAACUGGAAUGCCAGUCUGACUAAAUGAUGCCUCUCCUCCACCUCCCUCUUAGUGCAGAUUGGGGCACAAGCUGACCUGGUGGUCAUUUUGUGCUUUUGCUUUGUACCUUUCCUCGUUAUUUUUUUGUAUUCUAGUUACAGGGACUGAAAAAAAUCUCCCUGCAGCGAUUCAGGGCUCAUCCAGACUUCCUGUUGUGCCAUGUUUUCCAGGCUCAGGUCCGGAAUUUAAAUCUCCAUGUCCACGUGUUUGGCUUUUCUUUCCCCCUCGACACUUUCCCUGGGAAAACUCACAUUUUACUUGUGAAUCGGAGCAAUUGGCAAUCCUCAGUGGAAGCUCAAGUCUCACCCACACUUCUGUUUAUCUUGUGCCUAGAAAGCAUGUGUCCGAGCGGGUUUCCUGUGCUUGUCUCCUUUCCAAGAAAAAAACUCACUCUUUAGCAAUAUAUCAGAACAAAUGGCAAUCCAGGAAAUACCUGAAUUGCCCUUUGCUCUGAUGGAGUGCUAUAGAGUGGUUUCCCCCCAGGCAAAAGCAGCUGGACAAGAGGAAGUGUGGAGAAGCCCUAAGUGUGGGGAAACAAGGGAAUAAUUGGUGGGUGCAGGGGACUUGAGAGGCUUCAUUUGACCAAGAUAAUCUCUAACCUAAUGUCUAUUGUUCCAUUGCAGCGCUUGGAAGAUGGGCAAGGACCAAAUCCAUCCUCAUCUCCAUUCUCAAGGUGCCUCUGAUGUUUGGCUUUUUGUACCUGUUUGUGUGCUCCCUUGAUCUGCUGAGCUCUGCUUUCCAGUUGGCAGGAGGUGAGGGUCACAAUGUAUGCCUGUCUCCCCUUCCUCCCUUCCUUUCUCUAUAGGGUCCAUGGGAAUGAAGCUGCUUGAUUGCCUUCCCUUUGGUCUUAUUGCUUCCACUUCCUGCCUUUCUCUGGAACUGGAGUAGGUCCUGCUGAAUCCAGGCUAUUGCAAAAGAGCCUGAGGUCAACAGCAUGGCGAGGGAGAACUGUUUUCUCAUUGCUCCCAUGGCUAAAGAUUGCCAAUUCUGGACCCCUUCAUCCAGAUGUGCUUUUCUUGAUGGGGAGUCCAGAAUCCUCAGAAUCUCUUUCAAAAACAAGCCAUUUUGUUUGGAACAUUUAUUUAGUUGUCUAGCGCAACUAGAAAAUGACUCAUCCAAAUAGGAAGCAUUUCUGGUUUGCUUUGUCUUGCUGCUUUACAAGCUGCAUUUAAAUUGUGGUAGGUACAUCUGCUACAUUUUGUAAGUGGCUCAAGGAAAAUUCUCUCUUGCUUUGUAGGCCCUACUUGUCAAUGUUAGUAUUUCAUGCCUCCGAUGCUGCAGAUGUGAUUGGUGUAAUUCACAUGCCUGUCUGGGAAGAGUGUGGGAACAGAAGACAGUCUUAUUUCUUCUGCUAUGUGUACUGUUACACUGUACUUUUGCUUUUGCUUUUGUUCUGUCUGUUCCCUUGAAGCCGGAAAGCAUGCAAUGAUUCUUUUGUUGGUAUGUAGCGUGUAAUAAAUACAUAGCUCUACAAUGUCUCGUUCUUCUUGCUGUGUUACGCCAGAAGAUUAGUGUGAAUAUAUCAGUUGAUGUAUGUCGCUGAAGCGCACUGGAGAAGAAGGGGAAUGCCUUUUCCAGAGCUGCGCAUACCGUUGGAACGCUCGGAGUUCGGGGGCUGCAGGGGCACCCCAGGGUUUUUUUCCAAUAGUCAACCCCACCUCUCAGUCCUGAAAUGUAUUGUCAUACCACUUUGUGUUCUCAGUUCAGCGUCUAUCGGGGGCAGCGCAAUAUCUCAUUAUCCUUGUACUGCAUUCUCUUCUUUGGCGAUCUCUCGUAGCCAAGUAAAAUUGUCUUCCAUUAAUAUGGUCUUAACAGUGUAUCCAUAGGUGACUGGGGAGGCCAAUUCUGGAUCUGCACAUCCUUCCACAGUGGGGACAUAGGUUUUCAGGCAGGAGUUGAUCAUGGUGAGAGUUUGCCAAAUGUGCCUUCCUCUUAGCUCAUUUCUCCCUUUCAGCCUGAGUAAGUGCUUCUUCAAAGUCCAUGACAUCUUUGGUAGAGGCUAUUCUCCAAUUGGAGAGCUCGCAGGCCAGUGUUUCCCAGUUGUCGGUGUUUAUACUACAUUUUUUUAGAUUUGCCUUGAGAGCGUUUUUAAACCUCUUUUGUCUUGUCCACCAGCAUUACGCUUUCCAUUCUUAAGUUGGGAAUAGAGUAGCUGCUUUGGAAGACGAUAAUCAGGCAACCAAACAACAUGACCAGUCCAACGAAUGUUGAAGAAUCAUUGCUUUGACACUGGUGAUCGUUGCUUCUUCUAAUACACUGACAUUAAUUUGCCUGUCUUACCAAGUGAUAGUAAUUUUUUUGGGAGACACCUGAAUCCCAAAAUGGUUUUAGACCUUCUAUAUUGCAUUAUACCACAUUUCAUGAUUAUAGAGUUAGUGAUAUUUCAAAAUGUGCUCGCAGCAGAAUGUUAGAAGCUCAGACCCCCAAAAACAUAUUGCAAGAGGCCUCCAGUGACCAAGCAUGGCUUUUGUUCUCUGCACAGCUCCUGCUUGUGCCUCCCAUAACUCUACUUCUUCCUGAUGUUUUGGUCCUGUUAUCCCUUGUUCUUGAUCAAUUUACAUUUCACAGGAGAGGCCCUCUGUCUCUUGAGAAAGGUUAUCUUGCUUGGCCUUCUAAUAAAGUCACUUAGGUUUACUUCUAUAUCAGGGACCUGCUACCAAAUACUACUGGAUAGCAUCAUAUUCUCCUUUCCUCUACCUCAUUUCACUGGCUCUCUAUAGUUGGCUCCUUUGUGCUUGCCUUCCCAUCUAUGCUGUUGGCAGGGCUGAGCAUGGGGGAGUAGAAAUCUGGUUUUGAAUCAGGUUACAUUUGUAUCCCAUUCAGUUGCAGGGAGGGGGACCCAUGUGGACUCGUAGGGUGGAAGGCUGGGUGGCCAACGGUAGGUGGAGCCUAAGCCAACGACUGGUGGAGCAACUAAUUCUACUUUUGCCCCCUCCUCCUCCUCCUCCCUGCUGAAUUAUGCAAGGGCAACACUGGGACAAAGGAGGAGGCAGCUGACAGCCAAGGGCACCCCCUGGCUGGAUGUAAUCAAGAAGGCAGGCAGGUGGGGGCUGGCUGAGGGGCAGACUGAAGUUGGUGAGGCACUGCUUGCCUGGGUGGAAAAUGGAGAAAGAUGUGUGGCGUAGGCAGAAAGCUCUGACUUUUGCAUGGCUGCUAUGUAGCCUACUGUACAAAGUUAAGAGUCACAUCCAGUGCUCUACCCACUUUGGCCUCUGGCCCCACCAACCACUGGCAUGUGGCCUCUGGAAGGUCCCCCACAAGGGAAUGUGGCCCUUGGUUUGCAAAAGGUUCCCAUUCAUGGUCAAUCUAGAGAAGCAUGAACAACCUUCCACUUACAUGUUUCCUUCCUUAGUGAAAAGCAGCUAAAGUUGGGAGUGGAAGAAUGCCAGGGAGGAGGGGCUUGCUUAAGGAUUUCAAUUCCAGCCAGCUUGUUGCUGCUAGAAAUCCCUUCCCCAAUUUGUGAGCAAAUGUGGAAACAUUUGGGUCUUACCAAGCGCUCACUCACAGACUUCUGUCUUCUGCCCCAUAGGUAAAGUAGCCGGGGACAUUAUCAAUGACAACGCCAUCCUCUCCAACCCAGUGGCAGGGCUUGUGGUGGGAAUCUUGGUCACCGUCCUGGUUCAGAGCUCCAGCACCUCCAGCUCCAUCAUCGUCAGCAUGGUCUCCUCGGGGCGUGAGUCAUUCUGGCAAAUAUCAAUGUAGAAGGGAGGGGAUGUUUCUGGAGGUGUGGCUUCAUGUGGGUGCAAGAGAAAUUAGGUUGCAUGCUCCCCGCUACUCCAUUCCCUCAUUUGAUUCUUGUAUGUCUACUGGCAUCACUGGAGCCAUCAAUUUGCCUUGGCAGCAUUUUCAUACUUUGCUGUUAUCACAAGGUAUCUUUGAAUUUGGCUGGGAGUGGGAGAUGGAUGAAAUCUGAGUGGGAUGUGUGCAAGGCUGAGGAGGAAGGGAGAAGAAGACAGCACAGGUUGGGGCACCAAAGAGAGGUUGUUUGCUUGAAACCUCACUCGGUUUCUGGUGCCCCAGAUGGGGUACGGAGUCAGAGUACCCAGAAGGCACUGCCCUUGCCCUUUCCUUCUUAGUGCUGGAGGUACGUUCCGCCAUCCCCAUCAUCAUGGGUUCCAACAUUGGCACUUCAGUCACCAACACCAUUGUGGCACUGAUGCAGGCCGGUGACAGAGAUGAAUUUAAGAGGUGAGUGUUGUGGUGGGCAUGCGACGGGAGCAACCAGUGGGGUUGUUUAAAAGUGGAGAUUGGUGUGUGCUGCAUCUAUGGGGUAUUUUAGAGAGAAAGCCAGUUGUAGUGCAGCUGACAGAGAUGAGUGAAGACCAGGAAUUAGGAGGGGAUCAGAGGCGCUUGGAAACUUUACGGUGACUGAAGCUCCUGAGGCCCAUAGGAACUGACUGGGGCAGUGAGGAACAAGACCAUCUUAACAAGGGAGUAACCGUACCUUCGACUGACUGGGUAGGCCGAGUAGACAAAGAUCUGGAGUGGAUGGGUGGAUUGGAGAGAGAUUUGGCCAUGCAGAGGGAAAUCGUUUGGCAACACAAUGGCAACAUGAAGUAUCUGAUAUUUGGACCAUUGCCCAGUUGAGACCAUCCCCAUCAUUCUCAUCCCCGCACUGCUACAGUUCACAUCAAUGAUGGCUUCUCUACUGCCUUUCAGAGCCUUUGCAGGGGCCACCUUACAUGACUGCUUCAACUGGUUGUCAGUGCUGGUUUUGCUGCCUCUUGAAGUGGCCAGUGGCUAUCUGCACUACCUCACCAUGGUGACUGUGGCAACUCUCAACUUCCCCAGUGGACAGGAUGCUCCAGAGCUUCUGAAAGUAAUCACAAAGCCCUUCACUAGUCUUAUUAUCCAGGUGUGUGUUGUUGGCAAGUCGUGUGUGGUCUCUUUGGGCUUUGUCAUAAAGGAAAUAGCCACCUCCUCAUGCUUGGGACCCUGGCCAUGUCCUUAUCCUCCAUUCUACCUUCCAGUUCUCUCUCUAGGUGGUGAGUGUCAGGAGCCUAGCCUUUGUCUACAUCUAAGGACUGUGGAUCUGUUGGUCUCUGUGAAGUUCAUACCUUCAAUAAAUUGUGGGGCUACUGAAAGAUAAUUAUUUGGCUACUGGUAAAGGGUCAAUGUCCAAGAUGCUGUAAAGCAAAGUAGGAAAAGGGAUUUGGUAGCCAAUAGUUGAGGGGGAAAUGGGGACCCAAGCAAGUCCUGCUUUACUCACUUCAGGUCACAACUCAUGCAAUGGGAGAAAUGUUAUGGUACAAGAGAUUGUGAUGGGGACAGCCUUGGCAGGGGAAAGCCCAGGCAGGUGUAGCAGUCAGUUCCCUAAGAACCCAGCUCAAUUCCAUAGCUUCAAGCUGAUAUAAAAAUUGCUAGUCUGUUUGUCCAGGAUUUCUAAAGAGAACAUAAAUUUCCAGACACUCUAUGCCAGGGGUCUGCUUCUCCUUCUCGUCCUUUUAUGGGAAACUUUGGGCUCUCUGUCUCCCAUCCCUGACAGCAUUUCCAUUAUCUUUCCCCCUGUUCCCGCAGCUGGAUAAGUCAGUGAUCACCGGCAUUGCUACAGGUGAUGAGAGUUUGCAAAACAAGAGUCUGAUCAAGGUGUGGUGUAAAGCAUCAGCUCCACAGGUGAGAGAUCAGGGUGUGUGUGGCCGGGGUGAUGCGAUGGGAGGGCUAGAAGCAGUAGGGGCUGAGUAUCAGAAUGUGCUGAUGGUCCUGGCAGAAGACUUCAAGUCAGCGACUCAACUGCACAGUCCAGAAAUUGAUCAAUGAGACACCUUUGGGAAUUUUGGAGAACGGAGUGUGAACAAUUUCCAUUUCUGUGCAGGGUUGGAAAGCAAGGUUGCACAGAUCCUAGGGCACAAUUGUGCUUUUUGGAGACAACAAAGCAGGAAUGUUGGGGUGUGAGAGAUGACAUUGACCCGGUUCGCAGAUCCCAUUAAACCACCAUUAAAAUUAAGCCAUGGUUUAAUGUGCUGGUUCACAGUGUUGAAAUCACAGGAGCUUCACUUCUCCCCUGCUCCUGCUGCUACCGUCCCCAGGAAACAAGCCAUGAUUUGACUUGUCAUGUUGUCUUAAGCCAGUGGUGUCCAAACUUUAUUCAAAGAGGGCCAACCAAAGUUGUUGAGCUUUUUUUAAGAUUUCAGUUGUGGAGGUUUUUUUUAGGAUUUUACCCCAGGAAAUAAAAUGCCACAGGGGCUGGUAACGGACUUUGGACAUGCCUGUCUUAAGGCUUCAACCCAAGGACUAUGGUCACAGUGCUUAGCCAAAAAGACUGGACUUAUGUGGGAUGUUAGCGCAAGCACACAGAAACGUUAUGGACAGACAUGGGAGACAAUGCAUUAAAAUGAUCAUUAUGCAUUGCUAUCCAUUAAGAGCCAUGAACAAUUAAGUGUCAUUUUAAGGAUUAAUUGAUCACUGAUGCGAGGUUGACAGGAUUUAGAGGUUUUACUAGUGGGUUAUCUAGAGGCUCUUUGAAAUAAGGCAAGUACUGUGGUGGAAACCUGACAAAGGAAGGAUGAUUGGUGUUGGAAUUAGCAUUUUAGUAUUCUUUUGCCUGCUUGAAAUAAGUCGGAAUGCACAAAGGAAGUAAUUUAGAAUGGCUAACUGAAAUGGCUAAACAGAGACACCAAAUAUGAACUAUAGAACAACAAGGCCCUUUCUGUGUCAGCAUGGGUGACAAAGCGCCUGCAUGCGGCUGAUGCCUCCCUCCCUUUUUCUACAGAUUUCUUCCUUGAGCUCUAGAGGAAGCUUCCUCAACUGCAGCUCCCGUGCCCUAUGCAGCCUGGACAGUGCUGGGAACCUCAGCAGGGCUGUGAAAGAGAAAUGUAAGAACUGCCAACCCCAGGCAGCAGGACCCGGUUAGAAACGGCAGCUGUACCUGUGCCGUUCCUGUGAAGGCGGCAAGGGAGAAUCAUGACUUAGGGCAAGAGGAAUUGGAUUGUUCCUAAUGUACUCUCUGCAUCUUGCUCCUUCACCUAGGCCAUCACCUAUUUGUGGACACCUCUCUGCCAGACUUGGCUGUGGGUCUCCUGCUGCUGGCUGCCUCACUGAUUAUGCUGUGCACCUGCCUGAUCAUGCUGGUCAAGAUGCUCAACUCUGUGCUCAAAGGCCAUGUGGCCAAAGCAAUCCAGAAGGUCAUCAACACAGGUAGGCUGGCUGAAACCAGGCCCAGAGAGAACUCCUGGCUCCCUCAGUGGAUACCCAGCCGUGAGCCAAAGGGUGUGGAUUCUAGUGGAGACUCUCUGGGUUCCAGGCCACCAGAAGUUCACUGACUGGGUUCUCAUGGCUGAAGCUAUCUGUGGAUCUCAGUCUUUCCUCCUUGUUUCUGGGCAGAUCUGCCAUCCCCUUUUGGCUGGGUUGCUGGCUACUUCGCCAUGCUUGUUGGUGCUGGAAUGACCUUUAUUGUACAGAGCAGCUCAGUCUUCACUUCAGCAAUCACGCCACUUAUCGGUAAGUCAGCAUUUACUCUGGUUCCAUGGGCAAGAUAGAAGGGAUGUGUGUGUUUACACAAAAGGAAACUAAAAUGGCCAGACUGACAAUAAAGCCUAUAAGUCCCGUCUCUCCCACUCGGCCUCUUAUGAGGAAGUGGGUCUUCGGAUACCUGAAUAUCACUAACCCAAUAUAAGCAUUUAGAAAGACCAAGGUGUUGCUGUAACUUCUGCUAAACAGUAAGUGAUGGUGCUGUGAAGCAUAGCUAGCUCUGGAAUCCCUCAGGAAGAAGAUGUCAUGAGUAAUAGCAGAAUAUGUCUCGAGGCGCUCUUGCAGUGGUAUAAAGGCCAGGUCUUUAAAAAGGAAUGUUCCCCAUUGCCUGUUAUCUUGAGUGACUGUUGAGGGGAAAGAAAGUGCUGUUUUCCUGAUGGUUUUCUCUCUUUUUUCUUCUUCUUCUGCGGCACAGGCCUUGAGCUGAUUAGCUUGGAACGUGCAUAUCCACUCACCCUUGGUUCCAACAUUGGAACAACCACCACAGCUAUCCUAGCUGCCCUGGCAAGUCCAGGAGACAAGAUGGCCAGUGCCUUCCAGGUGAGCAGAUGCCCUCUCCCUACUUGGUUAGGGUGGAAUUACUUUAGAAGAGCAUACCUUCCAAGCCAAAGGGUGUGUGUGUGUUAUGUAUACAUGCACACAUAUGCAUUAUAUACACAAAUGCUGCCAAACAGAAUCCACCUUGCACAGUUUGUGCAUCCCAGGUCAAAUAUGGCUGAUUUCAGCGAUACCCUUCUGGUCUUUUAUGUAUUUCUGUCUACUGCAAAUGCAAAUGCAAUGGACCUCUGUUUGGGAAAAAGGCAGUAUAGAGAAGCAAGCAAGCAAGCAAACAAACAAAGACAGUUUGUCAUGACCGCAUUGAUCUUGGAAGGCCCUGGGUUAUUAUUAUUUAUUACAUUUAUAUCCCACCUUUCUUCCAAGGAGCUCAGGGUGGCAUAUGUAGUUCUCCCUCACCCCAUUUACCCUCACAACAACCCUGUGAGGUCAGUUAGACUGAAAGACUGUGGCCAACCCAAGGUCAACCAUUGACCUUCAUGGCUGAAUGUGAAUUUCCACUCUUGUCUGUCAGAUGUCAAUCCAGCACUCUGGCCGCUGCACCACACUGGCUCUUAAAACAUGAAGUGGCCCAUGGGGAAAGCGGGAUUAUUUUCUUUGCAUGCCCUACCUGUUUCAGCCUGGCAUGCCAUCAUUUCUCAGUCUUGCCUCCAGGAUGGUUGCUAUGUUUCUGUUUUCCCCUCCUCAGAUUGCUCUUUGCCAUUUCUUCUUCAAUAUCUCUGGAAUCUUACUGUGGUAUCCCUUGCCUUGCACCCGUCUGCCCAUUCAGAUGGCCAGAGCGCUAGGUGAGCAGACGGCCAAAUACCGCUGGUUUGCCGUCUUCUACCUACUCACCUGCUUCCUGCUGUCGCCGUUGCUGGUUUUUGGACUCUCCAUGGCAGGAUGGCAGGUCCUGGUGGGCGUGGCAGCCCCUUUCCUAUGCCUCCUGGCUUGUGUGGCCUUUGUCAACAUCAUGCAGUCACGAAGUCCCGGCCGACUGCCCCGGUGGCUCCAGAGCUGGGACUUCCUGCCGUACUGGAUGCACUCCUUGCAACCCAUGGAUGAGCUGAUCACUAGGGCCACACUGUGUUGCGCUGGUCGUCGCUCAAGCAGCCAAGAGGAACAGAGUGAUUUAUCUCCUCAGAUUAAAGCCAGUCUCUCAAUCACUUCCUUAGAGGAAUUGUCACUACCACCAAGGCCCUCUCCUCGACUAAAUUCACCAGCAGUGCAAAAUGCUACCCACCUGUAA